AUGCUCUCGACAACAAUGCCCCACAGUCCAGCCCAAACACAGUCACAGUCGCAACCGAACGCCGAUGCUUCAACAAGUGCAUCUGGAGUAGGGAUCGGGAAUGGGGUCGCGGGCACCAGCAGGAGCUCUCCGAAGACUACUAAAAACGAACCCACUCUGUCUCCGGAUCAAAUUAAAGUGAUGACAGACGAAGGAGCAGAGAAAAACGGACUUUCAAGUAGUGAUAAAGGUGUCGCCACUUCGACUGGUGGCAGCGGAACCGGAGGAGGAGGAAAUAUUCCAGUCGAGGGACAAUCCUCUUCUUUGACCUCUGCCGUUGGUACACCGACACUGAGGCAGAACUCCUCAAAUAGCGUGAACUCGUGCCUGGUUGCCUCUCCAAACAAUACCAGUGAACACUCGAAUAGCAGCAGUGUGUCUGCUACAGUGGGGCUUAAUCAAAUGGUCGAUAGUGACGAGCAGGCCAAGAAAACGAAAAGCAGUGUAAAGGACGAGGAUGUCGAAAAAGGAUCUAGUAAAGCGAAAGGCCUCGCUCCUGGAACCGGGUGUGGAACAGGGCCCACAUCCGUUCUUUCCAUUGGCAUUGCUAUUAAGGAAGAACCCUCCGACGUUUUGGGCAGCUUAGUAAAUAUGAAAAAAGAAGAAAGAGAAAACCACUCUCCAAAUAUGUCACCUGGCGGAUUUGGUUCCAUUGGUAAUUCACAGGACAACUCCGCUACGUCAGUAAAAAUAGAAAGAAAUUCAACCGAUAGUAUCCCGGAAAAGAAGCCUUCCUUGGCAAUAAGCAAUGACGAAAUGGCCAUAGAAGGCGUUAGCUGCAAUCCGUUAAACUCUGAUAUUAUCAGUGAAUCUUUAAGUAACCCGCCCAUUUCGAGCAUAUUAGCGAUCGGCAUGAACGCGUCCCAAGCCAGUGCUGGAACGGGAGUUGGAGCUGGAACUGGAGCUGGGGGUGGUAACCUUUUGUCGGGAAAUGGCAAUGUGCCAUCCUCCGGCGGCAGUAAUUGCUUAGAUUACAUGCAACAGCAGAAUCACAUAUUUGUAUUUUCAACGCAACUGGCUAACAAAGGAGCCGAAUCGGUUUUGAGUGGUCAGUUCCAAACCAUUAUUGCGUAUCACUGCACCCAGCCAGCGACGAAAAACUUUCUAGAAGACUUCUUUAUGAAGAACCCUCUAAAGAUGAACAAGUUGCAGCGCCACAGUGCCUUGGGCAUGCCAUGGAUAGGCAUGGGACCAGGAGGGCCAAAUCCCCCGAAUCCUCCUGUAUCAAAGAUAGCUCAACAGCAGCCGCAUUCAAAGCCUGCCAGCCUCUUGAAAAACCAGUUCAAUCAAAACGAAAACAGCAAACGUAGUUCGGUGAAUGCGCCGAGCAACACUUUUGUCGACCAGGCCGAUCCCUUGGCCAACGAGAAUGAACUAAUGUGCUGGGAGAGUGGACCCGGAAGCAGCGGUGCCAGUGGUGCUGCACAAAAUUCGCGAAACAAUAUGGACAGUAUAACUGCUUCCAGCGAGUCCCAGGCAAUAAAGAUACUGGAAGCAGCUGGUGUUGAUUUGGGCCAGGGCUCCAAAGAAAGCGACCCAAAUCUGCACGAAAAUAACAUUGUUUCACUGCAAGGUGUUAAGGUUCCAGACGAAAACCUUACACCACAACAGCGUCAGCACCGGGAAGAGCAGCUGGCGAAAUUGAAGAAAAUGAACCAGUUUCUAUUUCCAGAAAAUGAAAAUUCAGUAGGAGCAAUUGUGAGCUCACAGAUGCCGAAAAUGCCGGGUGACUUGAUGAUGGGUAUGCCGGGUGGCGGUGGAUCUAUAAUAAAUCCGCAGUUGCGGCAAAUGCAAAUCCCUGGAAACGUGAAACCGGAGCUUUUGACGGGGACAAGCUCCGGGCUCCCAGAGGAGGUUAUGCUUCCUGGCGAUGUCAUAUCGGAUAUCAAUGCUGUAAUGGGUUGCAAUAACAGUCAAAAGAUCAGCUUGCAAUGCGGAUCUGGAGGAGGAGCCGGUCCUGUAACUGGAACUUCUGCAGGCUCGAUAAACGUCAAUAUGCACUGCUCGAGCUCUGCCGCUUCAAAUGGCAAUAUGAUGGGAAGCUCAACGGAUAUGCUGGCUUCGUUUGGUAACACAAACUGCAAUGUUAACGUCAUCGGAUCGGUACCGGAUAUGGCAAAGGAGCUUUCAGGUCAAGAUGGCCUAUCGCAUCCACACCAAGGGGGAGUAGCUCAAAUGGAGUGGUCGAAGAUCCAGCAGCAAUUCUUCGAGGAGCGCCUAAAGGGGGGGAAAGCCAGACAAGCGACCGGACCUGCCGCCCCACCUCAGCACACCCCUUCUGGAACAGGCAGCAAUACGUCAAGUAGUCAAGUGCGUUCUCUGCAGGGACCUCCACCUCCAUACCAUUCCACCCAGCGAUCUGCUUCAGUGCCAAUAGCCACUCAAUCGCCCAACCCGUCAAGUCCAAACAAUCUGUCGCUGCCCUCACCGCGCACAGCUGGCGCAGCCAUGGGUUUGCCAACCAACUCGCCUAGCAUGGAUGGCGCGACAUCGUUAUCAGGAUCCGCUCCGCCGGCCGUUACGACGACGUCACAGGGAGGUUCAUCGGGAGGGCUUUCCGUGAACAAAAACUGUUUCCAGUCGGACGCCCCAUCGCCGUCAAAUCAAAAUCGGAAUCGGAAUAGUGGAUCAUCAGGAGUUCUCACUCAUAAUUUAAAUAGUAACCCGAGUACUCCGCUGUCCCAUCUCUCUCCCAAGGAAAUGGAACCGUUCGGUGAUAACAUGAAAAGUCGACGACCAAGCCCACAAGGUCAACGGUCGCCAGGAAAUGGUCUUAUAGAGGCAAAUAUAGAAGGUAGAUUUGCUGCAUCCAGUCCUGGUGUGAUUUUUAAUCCUCACCCACAUAUGCAAAACAAUACAAAUUCAGCAUUAAAUGCCUAUAAAAUAGGCACUCCGAAUAUGCAGAUAGAGCGACAAGCUUCGGCCCAAGGAGGUCCUGUACAGUUUAGUAGACGUUCCGAUAAUAUUCCGCUGAACCCCAACAGUGGUAAUCGCCCUCCACAAAACAAACUGACGCAGAACUUCGACCCAAUCUCUUCUCUGGCGCAAAUGUCCCAACAAUUAACGAGUUGCGUAUCUAGUAUGGGUAGUCCGGCCGGCACUGGUGGAAUGACUAUGAUGGGCGGUCCGGGACCGACAGACAUCAAUAUAGAGCACGCAAUGAUUUCGGGACUAGAUGGACCAGGAAUGGAUGCUAUUAAUCAAAAUAACUGCCAUCCAAUGAAUGCCGUCAUGAACUCCAUGGGUCAGCGAAUGAUGAAUCCAAAAAUGUGCGUUCCAGGCGGUCCGAAUAGUCUGCCUGGCUUCAACCCGAAUUCUCCCAAUGGUGUGUUAAGAGAGAGUCCCCUGGGGCCUGGUCCAGUUCCUGGGCCAGUGAACUCUCCAAACUUUCAAGGCGUUUUGCCACCUGGUGCAAGAAUGAUGGGUCGAAUGCCCGUCAGCUUUGGCUCGAACUUCAAUCCUAAUAUACAGGUAAAGGCAAGUACUCCAAACACCAUACAGUACAUGCCAGUAAGGCCCCAAAACGCUAACAACAACAAUAACAAUGGAGCUAGCAAUGUUCGAAUGCCACCUAGUCUAGAGUUCUUGCAGAGGUAUGCUAACCCACAAAUGGCUUCUGUAGGUAACGGUUCUCCGAUCUGUCCUCCAUCUGUCGGCGACGGUGGUCCGGGAAUGCCCGGAAUGAUGGUGGGAUCUGGAUCUGGACCAAUGCUAAUGAACUCUCCCGGCGAGCAGCACCAGAACAAGAUUCCAAACAACCCUGGAGCAGGCAACGGCAUUAACUUUUUCCAGAAUUGUAAUCAAAUGGCUAUAAUGGACGAAGAAGGAGGCUUAGCCGGCCAUGACGUGGCAAUGAAUAUUGGCCAACCGUCCAUGAUACGGGGCAUGCGUCCGCAUGGCAUGCGACCACAUGCAAUGGCUCCGCGGAUGCAGGCUUCAGUUAACAGGCAGAUUCAGUUUCCACAUGGUUCGGAUGGUAUGGACUGCGUCGGAGAUCCCACUGCGUUUUUUAAUAACGCUACGUGCAACAGCGCUGUACCGCCCAUGUUUGCAGCAGCACAACAGUCUAACCAGCCUAAGCCCCAACACCUGAAGAACAUGCCCACCGGAAUGUGUCAAAAUCAAACUGGAUUGGGAGUUGGACCUGCAGUGUCACAAGGACAGAUCCAGCUGCAGGGGCAAGGCCAAGGUCAAGGGCAGGGUCAGUCAUUAAUUGGGCCCAGCAAUAAUAAUUUAAUGUCUGCUGCCGGAAAUGUUGGUCCAACGAAUGGGGUCUCUGGCAUCAAUUUCGUCGGUCCCUCCUCCAAUGAUCUGAAGUAUGCACAGCAAUAUCACAGUUUUCAGCAACAAUUAUACGCAACAAACACCAGAAGUCAGCAACAACAGCAGAUGCACCAGCAGCAGCAGGGCAACAUGAUAACGAUGCCGCCCAACUUAUCACCAACUCCAGCGUUCUUUGUGAACAAAUGAACACUAAUAGUUCUGCAGCCCUCGCCAUGUAUUGUUUACUAGUCUCCAAGAUAAGACAUCAAUCUCUAAAUAAGAUUUUUACUAAGCUUAUUACCGUAGAUGUUUUUGCAAAGGAGAAAAUAAAUAUAUGUAAAUGCAAAUAAGAACGUUUGAAAUAAAAUAUUUCAUUUUGCACCAUUUAGACAAGUCACAUAUGAGUUAAAUAUAGCAUCCCACUCGUUUAAGCAGAUUUCGAUACAUAUUUGAACAUGAUAGAUAACCCUCUCUCGAAUAUGUACAAAUUAAUCAACCUUGAAAUUUUAGUUAUCUGCAGCUUUUUCUGUUAUUAAUUAUUAUGUACGCUGCUCUCUGUGUUAAAUGCAAUUAAGGAACUAUACAUAUGUAAAACGCUAUUAAUAUAUAUUACUCUCAACUUAAUUGUAAUCGAUGUUAAGAGAACUGUAAAUUCUUCCAUUAAAAAUAUAAUGAAAAAAGGUAAA